AUGGAGCUCUCGUCCGCGCGCGCGGUCGUGCGACGCCGUGACGCCGCGAUCCGAGAGCUGGAAAGGUCCCUCGUCGAGCUGUCGAUCGAGUGGCACGCAGCGAGCGCGGAGAACGCGCGAGCUAAACGCACAGCGCCCGUCGCCCUCGCAAGAGGGCUCGCGCAUCUCAACGCGCGCGUCUCGCACGCGCGUAAGAGCGCGGCGUGGAGGCGAUGGCGUCAAAUCGUCGUGACGUCCGUGCGAGACGCGAUCGAGGAGACGCUGGAAAAAGCGCAGACGUCGAUCGAGCGCUCUCGCGACGAGUCCGCGACUGCGACGCGCGACCGCGACGCGUUGGCCGCGCACCUCGCGACGAGACGCGGUUGGUACGUCGACGCGCUCGAGAAGCAGCGCGCCGCGCGGACGUUCCGCGCGUGGGUGACGAACGCGGUGGUGUCGAGAGCGAACGCGAUCGUCGCCGCGGCGGAGGGAAAAUCAAGUGCCUUCGCGGAUGUCGCGAACGAAGCCACGCGCGCCAGGUCGGACCGCGACGUCGUCAUAGCCACCCUCACGACCGAGCUCGACGAGCUGCGUGCCGUCGUUCACGCGAGCCGACAGAAGAUCAUGAAGAGCGCGUUGGCGAGGAUGCGAAAUAUCGCGAUUGCGCCGGCGUUUAGCGCGUGGAAGCACGCGUGCGUCGUCGCGAGGGAAAACGCGCGAACGAUCGAGGCGAACGCGCUGAGAGAGCAAGUCGCGAGCGCGCGCGCGGACGUCGAGACGCAGAGAGAGACGUUGACGCGCACGAGAGCGAAAGCGGUCGAAGUCGUCGUGAAGAAGAUGUCGAGAGCGGAGGAUGCGAAGUUUUUCUCGCGGUGGCGUUCGAACGCGAAGCUCGGACUCGCUUUGAAAGUGGAUCGCGCGUGUAAAAAGCUCGCGCACAUCGCGAUGAAUAAACGAUUCAAGCGCUGGCGGAGCCUCGCGAGGGCGACCGCGGAGACGAAAAUGGCGGAAGCGCAGGGCGCGGAGAUGGAGGACGAGGUGUCCGAGCUCGAGGCGCAGAUAUCGUCGCUGCGAGCGGAGAGAGAUGCGCUGCGAGGGGAGAUGGACGACCUGAAGGAGGAUCGGGACUACUUCGAGAGGAAAGCAGAAGAGGGGAUGGACAAGCUGCGAACCGCCGCCGCGAGGGUCGCGAAAAAGACGCAGGUCGGCGCGGCGCAGAAAUCUUUAGAACACUGGCAAAGGGUUGCGCAGGUUGCGAAGAGGCACGCGCACAGGGUCGCGGUGCUCGAACGCGCGCGGCGGAGGCACAUGGAGAGGAUUGUACGUCGGACCAUCGCACUGGCGUUUUCGAGGUGGCGAGAGAGCGUCCGUGUCGUCGCCGCGGAGAAGGACGAAGAAGACACGGACGAGAUGGACCGACUCCUUCACGAGGCGCGCGACGACGCGCGGCGAUGGCGCGAGGCUGCGGAGCGUGGCUGGGCAGCGGUGCAGCGAAUGGGGCACAAAGCGCUGAGGAAAAUGUUACGCGCGAUUUCCUGGCGCGCGUUUGGGCACUGGAAGAAGCUCGCCGCCGCGUCGUCGAUCACGCGUCAGUACCGCCGAGAGACCGAGCGCGUCAUCGAAUCUUUGCGCGCGAGGAUCGCGCCUUUGGAGUCCGAGGUUGGUGCCCUGCGACUGUUCAAAGACGCGAUGGCGAGCUCGGAGAGGGCGAUGAUCGUUCGAAAAGGCGGCGGGUACGUCUCCAUAGACGCGUUUGUGAAAUCCGUCGAGGAUCGCAUCGGCGCCGCGGCGUUAGAGGACGCGCUGGCGGGUUCGAAAGAAGGUGAGGCGAUCGCGACGCACUAUGGCCUCUCCGGGGUAUGCAAAGCACUGAAGCUUCAGCAAGCGAGGGCGACGGGGGGCGAGCCGACGCGCGGGGGGCGAGCCAACGCGCGGCGCGAAUCGACGUCGCCGCGGGGGAAAUCGAAGACGACGUGGAGACGAGUGCUGCCGCCGCCCCGGGAUGUCGGCGUCGACGCGCGCGCCGCUCUCUCGCCCGCGGAUCGAUAUCAACCCCGCGGAGGCGACGUGCGAGCUCCGGGAUUCAGGUCGUACGGUCCAGGGUACGACGACGCGGUUCGACCGAGCGCGGAUUUCGCGUACGAGCCCCCACCGGACGCUCCGGAAAUUAACUUGCGCGUGACGCACAAGUCGGGGUUUGAUCACCAGCCGGGUCGCCGAGUGAACCUCAAGGGGGACGACGGCGGUCUCGCGAAGUUCACUGCGGGCGUAGGCGCGUCCGCGGUGACGCGCGCGAAGGUGCUGUCCGGGAAGAUUGGCGGCUCGGACGCGAGGCGAAGGACCGAGCGCUUGUCCACCCGAGACUUUCGCGUGUCGUACGACGCCCCGAGCGCGGCGGCGCCGUCGCGUGCGGUCGCGGACCCGGUGGCGGAACGACGCCUCGGCACGUCGGGGUCUCACCCAAUCGGAUUCAGCGACGUCGGCUCCCUGCGCGGGGUCGACGCGAGACCGAGAUCGGACCUCCCGCGCGUCGGCGUUGGUUCCGCGCGAUCGCGCGCGCUCGAGGAGGACGCCGUGAGAGAAAGUCCUUAG